CGCCUACCGUGGAUGACCGGGACCAGAGGAUUGAGCGGCUCGCUAACCAGCUGCUCAGCCACAUGCUUGGUAUCGGCGCCGACUAUGCGGAUCGCCUCACCAUGGAGGACUAUAAAGACCUCGGGUUGAAGGGCAAAAGCAAGACUGGCCGCCAGUUCUCCCUCCGCGGCUCCAGCAAGCGGCUGCGCAGCGACACGGGUUCCCCUGGACCGUCCAGCCGCAAACGGGCAGCCACCCAGCCAGCUCCGCCGUCCC